CGGGCGGCGUUUCCGCUGCUCCCGGGGCGCUCCCAGCCGCUGCCCGGAGCCUCUUCUGCUCGCGUCCCCGGCCCGGCCCGGCUCCCUGCGAGGCUCGGCGCGCUUAGGUCCCGGCGGCACCCUCGGUUCGGCAUCCCGCUGCCUGGACCCGAGCAGUCGCCAUGGCACAGGUUCUUAAAGGCACCGUGACUCCCUUCCCUGGAUUUGAUGAGCGGGCUGAUGCAGAAGUUCUUCGGAAGGCCAUGAAAGGCCUGGGCACUGAUGAGGAGAGCAUCUUGACUCUGUUGACAUCUCGCAGUAAUGCUCAGCGCCAGGAAAUCGCCGCGGCUUUUAAAACUCUAUUUGGCAGGGACCUUCUGGAUGACCUGAAAUCAGAACUGACUGGAAAAUUUGAAAAAUUAAUUGUGGCUCUGAUGAAACCCUCUAGGCUUUAUGAUGCCUAUGAACUGAAGCAUGCUCUUAAGGGAGCUGGGACAAAUGAAAAAGUGCUGACAGAAAUUAUUGCCUCAAGGACACCUGAAGAAUUGAGAGCCAUAAAACAAGUUUAUGAAGAAGAAUAUGGCUCAAGCCUGGAAGAUGAUGUGGUGGGGGAUACCUCAGGCUACUACCAGAGGAUGUUGGUGGUUCUCCUUCAGGCUAAUAGAGACCCUGAUGCUGGAAUUGAUGAAGCACAAGUUGAACAAGAUGCUCAGGCUUUGUUUCAGGCUGGAGAACUGAAAUGGGGGACAGAUGAAGAAAAGUUUAUCACCAUCUUUGGAACACGAAGUGUGUCUCAUUUGAGAAGGGUGUUUGAUAAAUACAUGACUAUAUCAGGAUUUCAAAUUGAGGAAACCAUUGACCGGGAGACUUCUGGUAAUUUGGAGCAACUACUCCUUGCUGUUGUGAAAUCUAUUCGAAGUAUACCUGCCUACCUUGCAGAAACCCUCUACUAUGCUAUGAAGGGAGCAGGGACAGAUGAUCAUACCCUCAUCAGAGUCGUGGUGUCCAGGAGUGAGAUUGAUUUGUUUAACAUUAGGAAGGAGUUCAGGAAGAAUUUUGCCACCUCUCUUUAUUCCAUGAUUAAGGGUGAUACAUCUGGGGACUAUAAGAAAGCCCUCUUGCUGCUCUGUGGAGGAGAAGAUGACUGAGGCAUCAGCCAGAGAGAGAUCUUACGCUGUGCCUGCCACCGCCACUUUGACCUUCGUUCACAGCUUGCUGCACUUUUUAUAUGCCAGUGCUUGACACAUUGCCUUAUUCACGUAGUGUGCUAAUAACCAAAGCAUACAUGCUGCAGAAGAAAAAUAACGGUGCUUCUUUCUUAUGUUCAAUUAAGAUCUUUCUCUUUGUCUGUUGUAGUACUAAAGUGUACUUACGUUAUUAAAGUCUAAAGUCUGGGUCAUUUAGAUUUUCUUUUAAAAGAUCAGACUGCUUUUAGCCUUUUUAAAAAAACUUCAUUUAUAUUAAAUUGAAAACUGUAUUUCCUUAAUCGGAAUCUUAGCCUUAAAAUUAUGAAAUCCUGGAAGUGUUAUUAAUCAAGUUUGCUACUAAAUUAAACCUGAAAAAUUAUGGUGGUUGCAUUCAAAAGAUUAGUAAGAAAUAAACAUUUCCUUCCCCCUGAA